AUGUCUUCAGAGAGUUACAAUGGGUUCUAUAAGGUUUUCACGGAUGGGUCCAAAGAUAGUUACGGAGGUGGGGCGGCGUUUUAUGAUUCUCAAAUUAAUUUUAAAGCCAAAUUCCAAAUUAACCAUGAUCUGUCUAUAAUGCACAUAGAAUUAUUAGCUAUAGCAGAGGCCUUGUCUUAUAUCAAAUCUGUCAAUGGGAAUAAUUUCGUCAUAUUUACAGAUGCUAAAAGCGCAUUACAACAUUUAGCUCGGUGUACCUCGACUUUUCGAGGAAUCCCUGUAGCUUACGAUAUAAUAAAAUUAAUUUCGGAACUAAACGCCUCCACUAAAUCUGUAUAUCUUCAAUGGAUCCCUUCGCAUUGUGGUAUUGUUGAAAAUGAAAUUGUUGAUGAGUUUGCAAAACAAGCAUGUACAGAAGGCGUUGUAGUCAAUACUAAACCUUUUUAUAGCGAGUGUUUAUUUAUCUCUAAAAAACGUUGUUUGGAAUUGUGGAAGGAAUAUUUUGAUGAAAGGUCUACCAAAAAGGGUAUUUGGUACAAAACCAUACAGCCUGAACCGAUGAGUUCUCCUUGGAUCAGCAAUAGUUUAAGCAGAUUAGAUAUAGUAAUAGCCUUAAGAAUGCGCUCCGGACACAUCCCAUUGAACAAGUUUGCUUAUUUGAUGAAUAAAACUAAUACUCCGAAUUGUGAGGAGUGUGAUAAAAUUGAAGACGUUUAUCAUAUUGUUAUGGAAUGUAUCCGGAAUGAACCAUUACGAAAUGAAAUAUUUAUAUCUCAUAAUAUUAUAAGAGAAGUCGGUGGAAUAAACUGCGUCUUGGCAUUCCCUUUAUCCAAGGAGGCCAGGGCUCUGUAUAAACUGGUUAGACUGGGUUUGAGAGUGAGAUGA